CGAGUUUCAGCAGUCAGUGCAUUGUGACUCGUUGGAGGGUGAGCACCUAGAGAAUUUGGGCAAAAUGACAUUAUUUGUGUUUUAUUCUGUACUUCAUAGUGUGCUGUGGGCAUCGUCAUACGCCGCCGGAUAUGUCGAGAGUGGCGUGUCGGCAGGCGAGGCUGGGCCCAGGUUCGAGCCCCAGGUGGCGAUGGUGUGCGCCGGCCGCAGCCACCAGUACCACGCACAGUACAUGACCAAGACAGGACGCUGGGUAACCGACGCAGACUCCAAGGUCACGUGCCUCAAGGAUAAGGUCGACAUACUACGCUACUGUAAACAGGUGUACCCUGGCCGUGACAUCACCAACAUUGUUGAAUCAUCACACUACUACAAAGUGCCCAACUUUUGCCGCGUUGGUCAUGCCAAGUGCAAAGCUGCAGCAUGGGUCAAGCCUUACCGCUGUCUGGAAGGAUCAUUCCAGUCUGAUGCUUUGUUGGUACCUGAAGGUUGCCUCUUUGAUCACAUCCACAACCAGUCUCGAUGUUGGGAGUUUGAUCGGUGGAACACCACGGCGGACCGAGCUUGUGGGGCUCGCAGAAUGACCCUCAAGUCCUUUGCCAUGCUCCUUCCUUGUGGCAUUGAUGUUUUCUCUGGUGUGGAAUUUGUGUGCUGCCCCAAAAAUUACAAGAGUCAUGGCAAGGCCCGGCCCAUGGAGGUAGAGGAACCUGUUGCUCUUCCUCAAAUGGACCAUCGUGCUCACCAAGCCAUAUCUGCCACUCCUACACCCAAGAUGGCCACCACAACUUCACAGGAGGUUGGUACGCGAGAUGAGUACUUCAGUAGAUUUGACCCCCAUGAGGAACAUGAUGCUUUCCGUCGUGCUGAACAGCGACUAGAAGAACGUCAUCGUGAAAAAGUGUCCAAGAUCAUGAAGGAGUGGUCUGACUUGGAGGAGCGUUAUCAGGACCUGCGGGCCAAGGAUCCUCAUGGUGCCGAAGAGUUCAAGCAUCGCAUGACACAGCGAUUCCAGCAGACUGUUGAAGCCGUAGAAGCCGAGAAUGAAGCUGAACGACAUCAGCUGACAGCACUUCAUCAACAACGGAUUGUAGCUCACAUCAAUGAGAUGAAGCGAGAAGCCAUGACAUGUUACACCCGUGCCCUAGCUGAGAAACAGCCAAAUACUCACCGGGUUCAAAAGUGUCUACAGAAGCUGCUUCGUGCCCUCAACAAGGAUCGCCAUCACACUGUCUCCCACUAUAAGCACUUGCUCAACUCUGACUAUGAGGCUGCAGACCGUGAGCGUGAUUCUACUUUACAACACCUAAGUGACUUGGAGCGCAUGGUCAACCAGUCUCUCAACAUGCUGGCCAGACACCCAGACCUGAAUGCUAAAAUUGGACGUUUGAUGCGCGAGUAUUCAGCAGCACUUCGCAGCAAAUACUCAACGCCUCCUGAGCUGUCUACUCGCUCUCCAAAGCCUCUUACUAGUGAUGUUAAGAGUGAGGAACAAGCUGCAGAUGAGAACAGUAGUGAGGUAGAAGAUGAGGGCGAAGAAGAUGAUAAGAAUGGCACUGAUGAUGAUAAUAGCAAUACUACAAAUAAUGAGGAGCCCCACGAUGUUGCGGACGAUGACGAUGACGACGACGAUGAGGACUACUCUGACUCCGGAGAGACUUACCCGGAUCAGGCAGAGUUGAGCAGUAUGACACAGCCCAGCCAAAACCAGGAAAUGGAAAGUGAAUCUGUCAGUCAGGAACCUGUGGAGUUGGAAACCCCUACAGUAGACGCCAGCAUGAGGGUAGCAUCCCCGGUCCCCAAUACUUCUUCGCGGCCUGAGCCAGUAUUGUUUCAACAUGCUGAUGAUGUUCAGGUUGCACAUGCUCAGCACCAUCAAAUUUCACACUCACAGGCUAGCUACAGCGUGACUCGUGAAUCAUCAGGAAGCGAGAGCCGUGGUGUGUAUUUCACGCUCGCUUUCGCUGGUGUUGCACUCAUGAUGGCAAUGGUCGUGGGCAUAGUUGUCCUACGACGCAGGAACACCACCAACCCCCACAAUCAAGGGUUUAUGGAAGUAGACCAGGCCAUCACCCCAGAAGAAAGGCAUGUAGCCAACAUGCAGGUUAAUGGUUAUGAAAACCCCACCUAUAAAUACUUUGAAGAAAAAUAAACAAGUGAAGGAGGGAAGUUAACAGCCCACAUAAAUAAGCGGGGAACCAUUCGUCCGUUUUCCCAACGUCAGACACCUGUUGACUUGAAAGCAUUAAUUAUAGAAUGAGAACUUGCAAGCGAAACCGUAAACUAGGUUGCUUCAAGAGUCAUUUACUUAAGAAAUGGUAAAUGGAGAUCUUGGGUAAAUGGUGGCAAACAAGCUAAGCUCACAGGUGCUGAUGGUAUGCAUUGUCAUUUCAGAAUCAUCAGUUGUCAAUACAAUUCAAUACAAUUAAAAACUAAAUUGGGUAUGUGUAAUUCUAGGCUUAAUUAUAGAGACUGUUCAAAACCAGAGACCUCUCAUUUAUCAUAGAACAUAAGAAACAAUCACGAAUUUGUGUAAUGUGGAUUUCAAAUACGAAACGCUGAGUUGCAAUGUUAUAUUUUCAUAUUUUUAGUGAUGUAAGUAGACUAAUAUUUCUCCUUAAAUUAUAGCUUUUUAUAACAUUCCAUGGAGUUGGCAAUUUUUGAUUCUGAGGUGCACAGUUGUGAAAGUCACGUGAAACUCAAGCCUUAAGUCAUUGGUUUUUAGUCACCAAUAUUGCACUUAUCCAGGAUCAGUAAACUUGACUCAUAAUUUAUUCAGUUUUUAUUCUAAUUUAACAUUUUGUGUAGAUAUUACAUAUGAAAUGAGCAUUGCAAGACAAAUGUGUGAGAAGAUGGUGGUUGCCUGUGUCCUGGGUAAGAGACGUGUUGGUGUUAUACUUCAGUGUAGAUGAUGCAUCAUGUCCAACAUAGAAAACAAUAAUUUGUUAUGAUAGGAAGCUAAAUAGGUUUUAUCAUGCUUUUAUCAUAGACUAAUCUUCUGGAAGUUUAUUGGCCACUGCAGUUGUAAAUUAUCAUAAAUAUUGUGACAGAGUUAGGUGUCCUGGAGGUAGGAUGUGUUCCAUAUAGCUGCACUCACAUGCGUUGCAUCGUAUAUAUAUAUAUAUAUAUAUAUAUAUACUCUGGUGUGGUGUUAGGUGCAAGUUUACACUUAAUCUUUGAUGCCAGUUACCUUUUAUGCUAAUGUAAAUUAGAACUGUCAAUCAAUUUUCUACGAUAAUCACCAAUGACUUUAGUGCACCAGAGUUGUAUAAAUGACAGUGAGGCAGUUCAUGGAGCAGCAUCUGAAGCCCAGAAUUCCUGAUGUCGUUGCUUACACGGGUUGGUUGCUUAGCGAGAGCGAUCCUCUCCAGGAGGUUCUUGACCUUGGCACCAAGAAUUGAGUGGUCUCUAACACAUUAUUUUUAUGCAGUCAGCUGACCUUUUUAUUUUUCUCAUUAAUUGAUAGGACAAAAUUAUAUUUUUGUCAUUUCCCUCUCAUCAAGGUGCCGUUUAGACUUUUGAUUUGACUUUAUCAAGCCCAAGGUAGAUCUCUAGAUCUGUAAGAUUUUUUUACAUAUACAUAUAUAUAUAUAUAAAUAUAUUUUUGAUCCAUUAUUUAGUUUUAAAUAUGGUUAUUUGUCUUCUAAUUGAUCAUCAUGAUACAAAUUUAAGCUCCAGUGAAUUGCAGAUGUCACAGAGUUGGUUUUGUGUGUAUAGCGAGGAUUUUUUAAGUUUUAAAGUGAACUUGUACUUUAUACCUCUCGUCAACUCCAUAUUUAUGAAAGUAAAUAUCUAGUGCACUAUUGUAAUUGUAUAAGGCUAUAUUUCGUGGAAUGUGGAAAGUUUGAAAAAAACAAAUUCAAUUGGUUAUUACCUCUUACGGUAGUAACUUUUAUCAGUGGAGGACACAAAUAUCCAAUUAUAGUACUUUUCUCCGUAUGUGUGUACGUACAUGUAAGUGUUGCCGUACGUACACAUAAGUGUCGCUGCUUGCCUUCAGUAAGCUGUUGUGGAAAUAUAGACAGGUUUCCCUAACACAAUCUUCUGCUCAUACUUUACGUGUAAAUUGAGUCUUGGGAUUGGUUGUAAAGAGGUUUGGUAUCGACAGUCAAAUAAUGAAGCCUUUGUGCCGCUAUACAUAAAGCUGGAAACAGAUGGUCAUGUCAUGUAGGGGCAAAACCCUGUAGACUUUGAGAACCAUUCUGAGUGACUGCCACAGAUACAAGACAACUUGACUUCUCACUAUACAUAAAAUUGCAUACCUCUAAUGCCAUUUCUUAAUUGUGUUUCAAUUAGCCAUUCCUUUUUUGUGAUACUUAUAGUGUAUCAAGAGCUAAAGAUUCUUGCAUCAUUCCUUAUUUGUUCCCCAGACUCUGUUCUAUAGUAUAUAUGCUAUAGUUUGUUGUUUAAUUAUAUAGGAGCAGUACAUAAGAGCUAACUUACCCUACCACUCACAGCAUAUACCUUAGAUAUAUAUUGAGCAUGUACAUAUGAGUGGUGCAGGGUUUUGUGUCGUAUCAUAGAGUUGUAUCAUUUUAUACUACGUGACUUUUCUCUAGUUCCAGUUUCUCAUCAUGGCGCACGAUCUCCCACAGCAAUUCAUUUUAUCAUCAAAUUUUAUUAUGUGCCAUUAAAAAACUAAAAAGUUGUAGGCUUGGGUUUAAUCAUUACUUAAUUUCCUUUGAGGGGAUCAGAUUUCUUUAUAUCAAAGGAAGUCUAUUUUUCAAUUUUGUUUAGUAUUAUCAGUUUGAAUUCAUUGACCAUGUCUUAGCAUAUUCCUAUUGCUUUAAUUUGCUCAUCGCCAAGGAGAAAUCAUCAUAGUAGGACUUACUUGCUAGGCUGUAAAAUGGAGUCACAAUUAGAUCUAGUAAGUAUCGACAUUUAUCGUGAAUGAGAGUAAGUGCUUCUUCUUUGUGGAAGUCAAGUGUGCAAAAGCUGAAGAGUAGCUACUGCUACCAAGUAUUUCGAGUGUCGGGUCGUGUUCCAUGCAUGUGGGGGCAUUGGUUUUAGAAAACAUAUUGAAAUAAUAUCUUUUUAUGAUAUUUAAACAUAAAUUUGUAGGGCUUUGGGCUCAUUGAUGUUCAAUUGAGCUUAAAACCUUAGAAAUAUACUUCAAAAUGAAGAUUGAUUAAAGUUGAAAACUAUUGAAAGUUUCCUCUCAUAUUGUGGAAUGCGUCUUUAGUGUUCUCUAACCACUGUAGCUUAAGAGUCUGUAUGUCUCACACACUAGCAGGUUAAGUGACUUCUCUCUCACUCUCAUCUCCCUGGUUUAUUAUAGAACUGGUUAAAAAGGCAGCUAUUUACGAUCUUUGAUGUGUUUGCAUAUUAUGCUCGGAAUUUAUGUAUUAAAUCAAAUUGUACUUUUGUGUAAUCAUGUAAGACAUGUCAUACCAUGGGAGCUGAGAUUAUACUUGAUCUGAAAUAUAUGUACCGAAAAAAGGUAAAA